AUGGCGACUAAUCUUCCCUAUACUUGCAACACCUGUCUCGUUGCGUUUCAUCGCAGCGAUGCACAGAGAGACCAUAUGCGCAAGGACUGGCAUUUGUACAACAUGAAGCGUCGCAUCGCAACCCUACCACCAGUCUCUCAGGAGACCUUCAACGAGAAAGUCCUUGCCGCUAAGGCUACAUCUACCGAGGCCGCCGCCAAGGCCUCUUUCGAGAAAUCCUGCCACGCCUGCCAGAAAGCCUUUUACAGUGAAAACUCCUAUCAAAACCAUGUCAAAAGUUCCAAGCAUAAGCAGCGCGAGGCUCGCCUCGGCAAGGAGAGUGAUAGCGCAUCGGUUAUGAGUUCGGCAUUCUCUCUUGGAGAACCUGUGGGAACACCCGGCGGACAAGAUGUCUCCAACGUCACUGAUGGUCUGAAGGCAGCCACUAUCGCGGAAGAUGAAGAAAAGGAUGGUGAUGAUGAUGAGGCGAUGAAGGACAACACUACUGACUUUAACUCAUCCCGGUGCUUGUUCUGCCGUAUUGAGUCAUCCGAUAUCGAGGCAAAUGUCGAACACAUGUCCAAGAGCCAUGGCAUGUUCAUUCCAGAGCGAAACUACCUGGUUAAUAUGGAGGGGCUCAUUGAAUAUCUUUACCGCAAGAUUAAUGACAACCACGAAUGUCUCUAUUGCCAUGCCAUCCGGAACAAUGCUGAUGGUGCUCGAACCCACAUGCGUGACAAGGGUCACUGUAUGAUUGCCUUCGAGGCCGAAGAGGAGCAGAUUGAAAUCGGACAAUAUUAUGAUUUCCGUAGCACCUAUUCCGACGACGAAGAAGACGACGACGAGGAUCAAGAUGAAGAUGAGACCAUGGCCGAUGCAGGCGGUGUCAAGAUCCGCGGUGAAGAUGGCGAGGACGAUGGCUGGGAGACUGACGGUUCUGUUUCAUCUGGCGAUGGCGAUAUUGACUCGCGCCGCAAAGCUCCUCUCGUCUACCAGGAUGAUUACGAACUUCACCUUCCAUCCGGUAAAAGUGUUGGCCACCGAUCACUCGCCAAAUACUAUCGCCAAAACCUUCACAGCUACCCUACUGCUGAUGAGCGGGCUACUCGCCAGCUUGCUAUUGAGAAUGGCGAGGUCGAGGAAGACAAGCCGCGUGCCCGCAAUGAGAAGCGAGCUCUUAUCACUCGUGGAAGCGGUGGUGUGGGCUUGAUUGGUGCUACUGAUGAGCAGAAGCAAGCCGCUCUGACUUCGGAACGACGCGACAGAACCCGUACACAGCGCCAUGAAAACCGCUACCUUGCCCGUAUCCAACGGGCCAACAACUCUCAAAAGCAUUUCCGGGACCCCCUUCUGCAGUGA